AUCAUCCUUGGAUGAGAGAAGAUGGAGCAUCUGAUAAGCCUCUAGAUAUUGCUGUUUUAACCAGAAUGAAACAAUUCAGGGCAAUGAACAAGCUAAAGAAAGUAGCUCUGAAGGUUAUUGCUGAAAACCUUUCUGAAGAAGAAAUCAUUGGCUUGAGGGAAAUGUUUAAAUCGAUGGACACAGAUAACAGUGGAACGAUCACUUUUGAAGAGUUGAAAGCUGGUCUGCCAAAACUGGGUACUAAGGUUUCUGAGUCUGAAGUAAGGCAGUUGAUGGAAGCGGCUGAUGUAGACGGAAAUGGAACCAUUGAUUAUAUUGAAUUUAUAACAGCUACCAUGCACAUGAAUAGAAUGGAAAGAGAGGACCACCUAUAUAAAGCUUUUGAAUAUUUUGACAAGGAUAGAAGCGGGUACAUCACAAUAGAAGAGUUGGAGUCUGCCCUUAAAAAGUAUAAUAUGGGUGAUGAGAAAACAAUAAAGGAAAUCAUUGCUGAAGUCGAUACAGACAAUGAUGGAAGAAUUAACUAUGACGAGUUUGUUGACAUGAUGAAGAAAGGUAAUCCAGAUUUAGCAAGCAGACGUCGCAAAUAAUUACAUGGACUACGUUGCAUUAUUCAACCCUCUUUACUCACACGUUGCUAUAACAAUGUAUUUCUACUAAUUUGCGGGUCUCGGGGGACAAUUUACUAUCGAAUUUGUAAUUUUUUAACGUAGGGAAUUAAAUUUUAAGAUGGUGAUUCCCCCGCCCCCAAUCCCCGGUCAUGUAGUAUAUGUUUAUUUUGAUUUCAUUGAAGUAACAUUUAUAUUCCUGCUCUUGCAUA